AUGUCUAUUACACUCGCCUGCCUUGUUCGAGGAGAACCUAUCACAAAAGCAUUUGCCGUUGAUAUCAAACCUGAUAAAUUAGUUAGUCAUCUUAAAGAAAUUAUUAAAUUGGAACUUCAUCCUCAAUUCAUUAAUAUACCUGCAAAAGACAUUAAGUUGUGGAAGAUUGAAUUUCGUGAUGAUGAUUUUG